AUGCAUGUAUUUUAGCAAGACAACAAAUGUUGAUAUGAAAGAAAAGGAUUUCAAACACCUGUACAAUUAUGGAGAUAUCCCAGAUAAAGCUAACCCGACCCUAGAGAAACUAUUGGCACCCCACAAGGAGGCGUUUAACUUUACAGUGGGUGUUGGGUUGGAGCAUGCAGUACAGGAUCUACUGCCCGAGAAACUGCUUAAUGCUGACGGCAAGAAGGUGACACUACGAAUCAAACGGGUGACAUUCAGUAAGCCGAUGGUGAACGAAAAGAACUCAUUCUCGAGGCAGCUGUUAGUGUACCCAUCGGAGUGCCGUGAGGGAGGGACUACUUAUCAGGGAAACUUGGAAAUCGAUUUGGAUGUACACGUUGAGGAUACCCUGGUGUCCAGUUUCACGCGCCACGUGGGAAUGGCUCCCAUAAUGGUGCAGUCUGAUAUGUGUAACUUACAAGGGCUCACUCCGGAUCAGUUGGUGAAGAGGAAGGAGGACCACAAUGAGAUGGGAGGGUACUUUGUCAUCAACGGGAAUGAGAAAGUCGUCAGGAUGCUGGUUAAUCCACGAAGACAUUUUCCUUACACGGUAAAGAGAACGUCUUACAAGAACAAAGGGGCUUGCUUUACUGAAUUCGCCCUACAGAUAAGAUGCGUCAGGUUAGACCAGACUUCUCAGCGACAAACUCUACACUACCUCAGUGACGGACAAGUCAUCUUGAACUUCACCCACAACAAAGCUCUCUACUUUAUCCCUGUUGUGCUGAUUAUGAAGAGUUUACUUGCUGUUACUGAUAAGGAGGUAUUUGAAGAAUUGGUUGAGGGACACGAGACUGACAAAGUCUACUGUAACUCAAUUGCUUCCAUGUUACGGACUGCUCAAACUGAGGCUGGAACGUACGAUCAGAUUCGCUGUUACCUUGGCAAGCUGUUCCGAAUAAAACUGGAGUUGCCUGCCUGGUACACUGACGAGGAAGUUUGUGUUGUCUUGCUCAAGAAAUUUGUCCUGGUCCAUCUGAACGACAACUUUGACAAGUUCAACCUUCUCGUUUUCAUGGUCAAGAAGCUGUACGCGUUUAAAGACGGUAGAUGCGCAGAAGAAGGAGCUGACAACCCCAUGAUGCACGAGGUGAUGUUGGGGGGGCACCUGUACCUGGCUCUAUUGAAGGAGAGGUGCGAGGUGUGGCUGCGGACACUGCGGAUAGAAAUGGAGAAGGCAGUGAAAAUGAGUGAAACUCCUGUGGAUGUAACCACUGACAGUGUCGUCAACAAAAUGCUGGCUAGAUUGCCCAAUAUUGGACACGCUCUCAACUACUUCCUGGCGACAGGGAACUUGAAAUCUAAUUCCGGACUGGACAUGCAGCAAAUAUCUGGUUUUGCUAUUGUGGGCGACAAACUGAACUACCAGCGUUGGCUCUCUCAUUUUAGAUGUAUACAUAGAGGAGCUUUCUUUACGGAAAUGCGUACCACAACAGUCCGAAAGCUCCGGCCGGAAGCUUGGGGUUUCAUUUGCCCCAUCCACACUCCGGAUGGGACACCUUGCGGGUUGUUGAACCAUCUCUCCGCUGCUUGCACUGUUGUUACUGAACUUAGCGAGGAUACGGCUAUUCAGAGACACCUGGUCUCGCUAGGAGUGAACCCCAUCUCAGCACCUCGAACUCCAGGCUCGGUGCCCGUUAUAUUGGAGGGUGUGGUGUUUGGCACUGCCCCGGCCAAGCGGUGCGAGCAAAUCGUAACGGGACUUAGGUACUUCAAAGUCAACGGCCAGAUACCUGAAUGUACUGAGGUCGUUUAUUUGCCGGUGAUGACUGCUCCUGGUCAGUACCCUGGACUCUUCAUCUUCACAGGUCCAACCCGCAUGGUGCGACCUGUUCGGAACAUUGGAUUUGACAAGACCGAAAUGAUCGGAACUUUUGAGCAGGUUUACCUCCACGUGUGUAUCACUAAAGAUGAGUUUGAAGAAGGUAUCACCACCCACCAAGAACUCUCUCCGAUCAACAUGCUCUCCGCUCUGGGCCAGCUCAUACCCUACUCCAACUUCAACCCCUCCCCCCGAAACAUGUACCAACUUCAGAUGGGUAAACAGACCAUGGGGAUACCAUCUCACACACUAGAUUUCCGGUCCGACAGCAAGGCUUACAAGCUGGAGACUCCCCAGGCUCCACUAGUCCGUCCCAGUGCCAACAGUAAUUACGAUAUAGACGAAUUUCCGUCCGGGACGAACGCAAUUGUAGCGGUAAUAUCGUAUACUGGAUACGAUAUGGAGGACGCCAUGAUUAUAAACAAGUCUGCAUAUGAGAGGGGGUUUGCUCAUGCUAAUAUCCAAAAGUCGCAUGUUUAUGAUCUCAGCCCUAAGGGAGGAAAGAAUUCGGAAGUGUUUGGAUAUGAUCCCUCGACAUACACUCCGCAGGGUGACGAAGAUGUCAACUUAAUAGCCUUAGAUUCAGACGGAAUGCCGCCAAUAGGGACUAAACUGGUAUUCAACGACCCCAUGUACUCAACGAUAGACUUAGCCACAGGAAAGUGUACCAUAAAACGUUACCAAGGCCUGGAGCCUGGGUUUGUUCACAGUGUAAAAGCGCUCGGGAACGAUAUGGGUACAGGGGACCUCCACAAGGUGUGUAUAACCCUGAGAUCGACCAGGAACCCUACUAUAGGGGACAAGUUCGCUAGUCGGCACGGUCAGAAAGGAGUCUGCUCCAUGUUGUGGCCUGCUGAGAGUCUACCCUUUACAGAUGGUGGUAUGGUACCUGACAUCCUCUUCAAUCCUCACGGAUACCCUUCAAGGAUGACAAUAGGUAUGAUGAUAGAGACGAUGGCAGGAAAAGCGUGUGCAGCCCACGGGAUUGAGCAGGAUUGUACACCCUUCUUGUUCAGUGAGGAGAAUAGAGCUGAUGACCAUGUUGGGGAAAUGCUCAAACAAGCUGGAUACAACUAUUUCGGUACGGAGUCCAUGUACAGCGGACAAACGGGAGAGGAGUUUGAAGCUCAGAUAUUUAUCGGAGUAGUUUACUAUCAAAGACUGAGGCAUAUGGUGUCAGACAAGUACCAGGUGAGGACGACAGGCCCCGUGGACCAGUUGACCAGACAACCUAUAAAAGGAAGGAAGAAGGCUGGUGGAAUCAGGUUCGGGGAGAUGGAGAGGGACGCACUUUUGUCUCACGGCACAGCCUUCCUCAUGAAUGACAGGCUACUCAACUGCUCCGACCUUUGUGUUACUCAUGUCUGUAAGACAUGUGGUAAGACGAUUGGCGUUUAUUCAGCGGCUUCUUUCAAAUCGAAACAGUCCUGGAAAUGCAGACUGUGUAAAGACAAGUCGGAAGUGGUACCAGUAAAACUACCAUACGUUUACAAUUACCUCACCGCAGAAUUGGCUUCUAUGAACAUUAGCCUUAGUAUGAAACUGAGCUAGGCCGAUCAUGGGACACACGUUUUUAGCUAAUUUAUUAAUUUUAACUUUUAUUUAUUUGACAGGCUAGGGUAUAUGAGAAAUUCUAUCAUUAUAGUUUUUUUGAAGUCUGGCAUAAUAUGUUCAGAAGUAUUAUAUAUAUUCUGUUUGAUCAUUUAUUUUAAGGAUUUUAUGAUUUUCUUAAAAGGACCAGUUACUUAGU